CUCUCUUGUAAUUUUAGAUGAGCCAACUCCCGACCAAGAAAUGUUGCAGAGCCGUCGACGGAGGAAACGGAAACCUCCAACUCCGGCGAGGAGCAGAGGAACAAGAACCCCGUGCGGAUUCCCCAAACCCUAAUGACUUCAUCCGCUCAGCGGAGCUGGUCCUCCCAUGGCUGGCUUCGUCAGAGCUCGCAUACGUCUCCCUGACAUGCAAAGCCCUCCACCGAGCCGCCAAGUCCCUCACCCUCCGCCGAUCCUUGGACGCUUCCAGGGGCUUCGAGAAGUUCCCUGUACCUUUCGUCAACUCCGUCGAUGACCUUCCUUACGCCUACUUCCUCUACGGUCCGUCGCAGCUCCUCCACUCGCUCGACCGCCAGCCCUGGGGCUCCGUAAGCCCCCACUCGGCCGUUACCAACUCACACAUGGCCGACGCGGCCAGUGGGGACGUGCGUGUGGGCUGUGAUUGCGAGAGAUGCGGUGGCGGCGGCAGCUCAUGCCCUUGCCUGAGCUUGGAGGGGUUGGAUGGAGUGGCGACUGAGUGUGGACCGAGCUGUGGGUGCGAAUCGGAGUGCGGGAAUCGGAUUACUCAGAGCGGAGUCUCAGUGAAGUUGAAGAUCGCGCGGGUUCGGGGGAAAGGUUGGGGAUUGUUUGCUGAUCAGCUCAUCAGGGAAAGACAAUUUGUCUGCGAGUAUGCAGGAGAGCUAUUAACGACCAAAGAAGCUCAGAGGCGGCAACAAGAGUACGACCGACUCUCCUCGACAGGCCACUUCUCCUCUGCCCUUCUAGUCGUGAGGGAGCAUCUUCCAUCUGGUAAGGCCUGCCUAAGGCUCAACAUUGAUGCCACGAGGGUCGGGAACGUUGCCCGCUUCAUCAACCACUCCUGUGACGGAGGAAACUUGUCCACGGUGCUCAUGAGAAGUACCGGAGCUUUGCUUCCUCGCCUCUGCUUUUUCGCUUCAAGAAACAUAGCACGAGAUGAAGAGCUGAGCUUCAGCUAUGGGGAGACAAGGCCGAGGCCCGACUCAGAGAGCCGGCCGUGCUUCUGCUUCUGCGGCGCAUCUUCUUGUUCUGGGACUCUCCCAUCAGAGCACACUUGAAGCAAUGACUCUCUCUCUCCUCUUCUCAUUGCCCCGUCUACCUCAGCGGCUAAGUGUAAGAGCGACUAUUUUUCGGCUUGUAUCGGCGUUAACUUAUAGCGAAUGCUAAUGUAUAUCUUCGGAACAUGAUAACUUGGGGAAUAAUCUUUUUCAUAUUCUAUGCAAUGACAAUAGAGUACGUAUGCUCAGCUUCGGGGCUGAAA